CAUUUUUCUCUUUGUCUUGCCUUUACCUAAAUUCCUGCAUACAUCUUUUAUUCGUCAAACAAAAAUUAAAGGUGGCGGGCUUUUACACAAAGAUUACCUUUCGCAAUCCUUGUUGGGAUUAGACACAUCAUCAUGGAGUGUAGGAAUUGUAAACGUAUUUGAUUAAAACGUUUGUUUCUCGCCAUCAUAUCCAUAAAUCACAACAACACCAUCAUCAACGCGUUAUCGAUCAAAUCAAAUUGUGGAGACCGCUCAUUCUACGAUAUUAAACGAUCUCGAUUUGAUUCGAUUUGACAUUGCACAACAAUUCUAUUCAUCAUUGGGAAGCAUCGAUACUUGCACCACUCAAUACGAUCGGGUCCGCUGUUCAACCCUCAUCACUUGUUCAAUUUUCAAUUAAAACUCAUCGAUUGAGUUCAAAGAAGAAACAGAACUCGUAAAACAGAAAUGACAGCUCCAAAUGAGCAUGCGAAGCUUUCCGCCAAAGAUGUCGGCGAGCUCAAUCUCGUGCCACCGCCGGCAGUAUCAUCAGCAGCGCAGGUAAUGGUGGCGGAUAUGGACUUUCUCAAUGCACCUAGAAUGUCUGCUAGAACGUUGGCUCUGCAUUUACUACAAUUGACAGAAUGUCCAUCAUGUCAUCAACCUGUACAGGAACCGGUCACUUUACCUUGCGGACAUAGCUCAUGCUUGGCAUGUAUCAUGCAAAUGGGAAGAUCGUCUGAUGAAAUGGCCGAUUCGGCAGUCUUGAUGCCAAGCACAUCACAUCUACCGCCACGUUUACCACUAGCAACAACAGUGGUUGCAUGUCCAUUAACAGGAUGCUCCAGAAGUGCAAUCGGUAGAGGUCUAGGAAUGUGGAAGGGUCACUUGGCCACAUUUGGGGCCGGUUCUACACAGCAGAACCAAUCUUUAAGCUCAACCGCAGAUGAUGCAAUCGAUGGGCCAGGUGAAUUACCUCUUGAUGGCUUCGUCGUUCCCACAAAUCGAGACAGUUCCAGCCUUAGCGUGAUCAGACCGCAAAGGAGAGAAUCAUUCUCGUCCAAAUAUGCCAUCUCAAAAUACGGUACAGAAGGACAACAUAUCACGAAAGAAUCAUCUUUAUUACGCACUGAUGUUACACUUUCAAAGGCGAUCGAUACCUUACGUCGCUUUGCCAAUAUACCCGAUAUGCCAACGUACCUACCUCAGCGACAAUCUCAAUCGACUCUCCAUCGCGGCGCAGGUUCUAGUCGUGGCAGACGGAGGACGAGAGGAAAUAGACAGAAACUUCAUACACGUUCAACGCAAGAUGAUACACGCACACAAAUAGAUGAAAGGUUCUUAGCCGUGAUGGGUGCUAGUGAAGAAGGUGUCGAUUCUGGUACGAUCGGUGGCGUGUCUGCUGUGGUUGAAUCGUCAACAGAAGAUGAAGAAGACGAAAGCGAUGAUCACAGCCAUGAAGAGUUUGAGUCAGAUUACGACGAGCAUGCCUAUGACGGAGGUAUUCGAACAUCAUUAGCUACGGAUGAAGACUUCUUUGACGACGAUGACGAUGAAAUUGGUGGAGCGUUUGCGCGACAGGAUGAAAAUCGCAAAAGUGAAAAACGUGUCCGACGCCACACGUUGCAAAGACAAUCCAUUUCACAUACACAGCUUCCGCAUGGUUCUUUAGCCGAAACCAUCAAAGAGGCCGAAUUGGAUGAUGAUGAAGCCUUGGAACAACCAUUUUCAUCUCGCCAACUGGUCUUGGACAGUCUUCAUACAGAUAUGAUGGAUAUCAUGGAGUGUCAACUGUGCUACAUGUUACUCUAUCAACCGCUCACAACUCCAUGUGGACAUACGUUCUGUCGUCGAUGCUUUUCAAGAAGUCUGGACCAUUCAACUUCUUGUCCUCUUUGUCGUACUGAUAUGCCGCCGUUCUCCUUCUUCCAAGAACAUCCUUGUAGCUCAACACUUGUCAAGUUGAUGACUGCCAGUAUCACGCGCAAAGAGAAAGAGGAAGGAAUAGCAGAGGUGGCUGAAGGAGCCGAUAUCAAUAUCUGGGGCAUGGCCAAUAUGUAUCAAGAGCGCAAAUUAGCCAUCGAGAAUGAAGAACGCGAAUCAUUGCUGUCUACGCCAAUCUUUGUUUGUACUCUCGGUUUCCCUUUCAUGCCAACGAUUCUGCACAUUUUCGAACCACGUUAUCGUUUGAUGAUCAGACGUUGCCUCGAAAGUGGUCAUCCACGGUUCGGAAUGGUAAUGCAUUCGCAAGAUAUGUCAACCAGUACGCCUGGCAUGUCAUCAUACGGAACGAUGCUGGAAAUCAAGACGGUCAAAAUGCUUCCAGAUGGCCGUUCGAUGAUUGAAACCGUCGGUUCCCACCGUUUCCGAGUAAUGGAAAAUGGUAGCCUGGACGGAUACUCGGUUGGACGAAUCGAAAGAGUGGAUGACGUUCCUGCCGAAGCUGAACACGAUCUAGAGCAAGCCUCUAUGGGAAACUUCAGCCUUUGGAAUGAAUCUUCUCCGCGAAGUUCAGACCGUGGCAAUCGUAGCUCUGAGAGCGGUAAUGUCUCCGGAUCCAGCGGUGACUCUUUUUCACCGUCUUCGGCAAAUUCUUCUACGAUGAUGACAAUGGCCGAAGCGCGAGAAGCACAUGCUGCUUUCCAAGCUGCUAUUGGUCUUGAUUCGCUCAACCGUCAUGCGGCAGCGGACGAACCACGCCGGCCAACAACCGUUAAUGCAGCUGCUACAUUUGUCCAACGUCCAAUAGCCGAACUGAUUGGUGUCUGCAGAUCCUUUAUCGAAACAUUGCGAUCGGGGUCGGCACCGUGGCUCAUGACACGGUUGAAUGAUACGUAUGGUCCGAUGCCUGAUCCUUCGAAUGUGGCUGCAUUUGGCUAUUGGAUGGCUUUGGUUAUGCCGAUCGAUGAACAUGAAAAAGCUAAACUUUUACCGAUCAGAAGUUCUCGUUUACGACUUUGCAUCGUGGUUUAUUGGAUCGAACAAUUACGUCAAACAUGGUGGUUCAAUCACGGUUGUUCGAUUCAAUGACUAUGCAUUGCUUUUUGCAUUGCUCUUUGCACUGCUCUUUUUAAUUAAUUUGCUAAUACCUGCUAUGCUAUGAAGGAAGCAGAGAUGUUCCUUUUUCUAAUUUCACACUUUGUCUCUUCUUCCACUUCCGUGUACUUUCUCUCAUUAUUACACUUCAUAAAAUGACACCAUGGUCGUAUUGCAUUUGUAUUAUCAGUCUCUUUGGAAUCACAAAAUCAUACAUACGUUGUUUAUAUUUUUGGACUGAAAUGCAUCUAAGAUCGAUC